AUAAAUGUCAGAAAGGGGCACUGCCGUGUUGUAAGGGCUUUGAAAGUACAGGAUGUGGAAAAGAAUGGUACAGGAGCCCACUGGUAGGAAUGGCUUCCUUCGUGAAUGAUUAACUCCCAGGCAAAGCAGGUGACCUAGGAGAAGGGUCUACUUAACAGGAACUUUGGACUUGGGGCAGAAGACUGGUGUGUGGCCUACAGAAGAGGACGUGCGUGGCUGGGCAUCAGGGCCGGGCUUUCAGGACUGGUAUAAGAUCAGGCUUGCUACAGGCUUCAUGAGUUCUUCAGUUUUCAUUUCAGGCAGCUAUGGAUGCAAGGCUGUGCUGAGAGAAGCGGGGCAUGGCUGCAGCCCUACAGGUCUUGCCCUGUCUCCUCCGAGCCCCGUCACGGCCAUUCCUCUGGGGGCCCCCGGUGGCCCGGAUGACCAGUGGUAUGGCCUUGGCAGAACAGGCACGGCAGCUGUUUGAUAGCGCUGUGGGUGCUGUGCAGCCAGGCCCCAUGCUGCAGAGGACACUGUCCUUGGAUCCUAGUGGCAAACAACUGAAGGUGAGGGACCGGACCUUUCAGCUACAAGAAAACCUCUACCUAGUGGGCUUCGGCAAGGCCGUACUGGGUAUGGCUGCUGCAGCUGAUGAGCUACUGGGCCAGCAUCUUGUGCAGGGUGUUAUCAGCGUACCCAAGGGGAUCCGAGCUGCCGUGGAGCUUGCCGGAAAGCAAGAGAUGCUGCUGAAGCCACACAGCCACAUCCAGGUGUUUGAGGGCGCCGAGGACAACUUACCGGAUCGGGAUGCACUUCGGGCCGCUCAGGCCAUCCAGCAGCUGGCAGAGAGGCUCACUGCCGACGACCUGCUGCUUGUGCUCAUCUCAGGUGGGGGCUCAGCCCUGCUGCCCGCUCCUAUCCCACCUGUCACACUAGAGGAGAAACAGACGCUCACCAAGCUGCUGGCGGCCCGAGGAGCCACAAUCCAGGAGCUGAACACGAUCCGCAAGGCCCUGUCCCAGCUGAAGGGUGGAGGGCUGGCUCAGGCCGCCUACCCUGCUCAGGUGGUAAGCCUCAUCUUGUCAGAUGUGAUCGGGGACCCUUUGGAGGUGAUUGCCAGUGGCCCUACAGUGGCCAGCACCCACAGUGUGCAAGAUUGCCUGCAUAUUCUUAAUCACUAUGGUCUCCGUGCUGCUCUGCCACGCUCUGUGAAGACCGUGCUCUCUCGGGCUGACUCUGAUCCCCACGGACCACAUACCUGUGGUCACGUCCUCAAUGUGAUCAUCGGCUCUAAUUCUCUGGCCCUGGCCGAGGCUCAGCGGCAAGCUGAGGUCCUGGGCUACCACGCCAUGGUGUUGAGCACAGCCAUGCAGGGUGAUGUAAGACGUGUGGCUCAGUUCUAUGGGCUGCUAGCCCGGGUGGCUGCAGCCUGCCUCACUUCAUCCACAGCUGAGCGUCCCUUGGAGGAGGAGGCAAAACUCCAUCAGCUGGCAGCUGAGCUCCAGCUCCCGGACCUGCAGCUGGAGGAGGCUCUGGAAGCUGUGGCAAAGGCUAAAGGGCCAGUCUGCCUCCUGGCUGGCGGGGAGCCCACCGUGCAGCUGCAGGGAUCUGGCAAGGGCGGUCGGAACCAAGAACUGGCCCUGCGUGUGGGAGCAGAGCUGGGAAAGCAGCCACUGGGGCCUGUUGAUGUGCUGUUCUUGAGUGGAGGCACUGAUGGGCAGGACGGGCCUACAAAGGUGGCCGGGGCCUGGGUCAUGUCUGACCUUGUUAGCCAGGCUUCUGCUGAAAACCUGGAUUUUGCCACCUUCCUCGACAACAAUGACUCGUACACGUUCUUUUGCAGCUUCCAGGGUGGAACACAUUUGCUGCAUACAGGGUUGACGGGAACCAAUGUCAUGGAUGUCCACCUCCUGGUUUUUCAUCCUCAGUGAUGGCAUAGCUCACAGUCUGAGAGUUUAUAAGAGGCCUUCAAGGGCAGGGUCUGGUAGGAAGACAGAGGACUGAUUCCCAGGGCCCAUUGUGCUUUAGGAAGCCCUCCUCUGUUGCUCCACCCACCUCCCACAGAUCUACUCCAUGUUUGUUCCCCCAACUAGAUUAGAAGAUGGGGGUUCCUUUACACCCCUCUUUUCUGUCAUGUCAGCAGGAAGCUUCUGGGCCAGUUCACAGUUCUGCCCAUGCCCUCAGCCUGUUUCUUCCAUGGCGCAAAGGUAGGGAGACUGAAAAUAAAGAGGACCAUGUUGUGGGAAUCUCA